AUGCCACCUCCGGCACCGGGGUCCAACGACACCCCCGUUGCAGAGCGCUGGGCCUCACUGCCCCAGGAUCUGAUCCGCCUCGUCUCGUCGCGCGUGCUCGCCGGCGACCUGCUGGACUACGUCCGCUUCCGGGCCGUCUGCGGCAGCUGGCGGUCCGCCACCGCCUCCCCUCGCGGUCGCGGCGUCGUCGACCCGCGCUUCCACCCGCGCCGCUGGAUGAUGCUUCCGGAGGGCCACGGCCUUCACCCCGGCCACCCUCACUUGCGCGGGUACAUCCGCUUCCUCAACCUCGACAUGGGGACCUUUGUCCGGGCCCACAUCCCUCUCUUCAGCGACCACUGCGUCGUCGAUUCGGUCCACGGCCUCCUCGUCCUGCUACGGGACCAGGACAGCGCCGUCCGCCUCGUCCACCCUUUCACUGGCGACAUCGCUGAGCUCCCACCGCUCGCAACCGUCCUCCCGCAGCUAGGCACACUGCUGGAUACCUUACCUGCGCCACACAGGGUCAAAAGGCUCGCGGAGUCAAUCUGUGCUUCUGCUUCCUUCAGCGGUGGGGUCAUCACCGUUAUGCUUGCUCUUCAUGAGGUAAACCAUGUAGCCUUUGCUACGGCCCUGGACCAGCAAUGGACUGUGUCAACCUGGAUGUACCAAUAUGCAUCUCCUCCACCAUUGUCAUUCCAAGGCAAACUGUACACGGCUUGUGACGUCGCAUUAUCUGGCGUAUCGGAAUUUACUGGCGAAUGGGAAUCAUAUGGGGAUGUCCAGGUUUUCCAGAUUGAUCCACCUGUGAAUGAUGGGAUGGGCUCCGGUUCUAAGCUACAGCUGCCAAAGUUGAUUGCCACACUCCCAGAAGGCAACCUCGAUGUUCCUAUGGGUCCCGUAGAAUGUGAUUCAGAAAUCCUGGUGGUUGGCUACAAAGAUUUCGACAUGCUUCACUUUGUAGUUUUCAAGCUCACGGAUCUUAUCCAGCAAAGUGUCGUCUGUCUUGAACCAAGGCAACACAAUCUUGUGCACCAACAGCUCACUGGUGGCACCUGGUCUCCAGCAACCGAUGAUUGCAGCCUGUAUGGUCCUGCACCUGUAGGUCCUUGUAGCCUCAUCCACCUUAUCUUCAGCUGCUGUAUUCGCAUUCGAUGUAACAGAGGGCAAGUAUUCGGAAACUAUUAUUAG